AUGCCCUUAGCUGCUUCAGAGACGCCCGCAACGGCUUCAAAGGCAAUUCUCAUUGCUGAGACACCCACUUCUGCUACAACCGCCUCUUCGCGCGCUGGACAAUGGGCGCGUGAGGUAUGGGGCGGCGUGGAGGGCUUCCGCGGGUCGGGCGUGAUGGCGGGGCUGGUGCAGGCGGUGGACGCGGUGGAGGAGGAUGAGAUGGAGGAGCAGGCGAUUGAGGGGGCCGCCGCCUGUGGCCCCAGCGAACGCUCGCAAGCCGCCCCGGAAGCUUGUCGAGGAGGAGAAGCGCGCGCCGUGGGAAGGACAUCUGGAACCGCCGAGCGAGCGCAAGAGUGUGCUGGUUACUACAUCGGCGUCUACGCCGCGGUUGCUCUUGCGGGUCUCGUUGUCACGACUCUCCGCUGGUCCAGUUUGUACGGUGGUUCCAUCCAUGCCUCCCGCGUCCUGUAUAAGCGCCUUCUUGAGUCGGUCCUCUUCGCCAACAUUCGCUUCCACGAUACUGUCUCCCGCGGACGUGUUCUCAAUCGGUUUGGGACAGAUUUCGAGGGCACUGACUCCUCGCUUCAGGACAACUCUGAACGCACGGCAAUGUACAGCUUGUCGACGGCGACGACAAUCAUCACGGUCAGCGUGGUCGCUGGCAAGGUUUACGGCCAGACCUUCCGCGACAUGCGCCGCCUCGACUCGGUGAUGCUCCCCGCUGUUGUUACCAUCCUCCGCGCCUUCGGCGCCUCGACCAAGUUUAUGCGCGACAUGCUCCGCUGCGUCGACACGAACGCAAAUCCAUACUAA